AUCAAACCAAGGACAAUGGCAUCAUAAGAACACACACAAAAUAAAUCAAGAUACAACUAAAUCAAACCAGUUCAUAAGUUAAGUGGAUCGUCUUCAUUCCUUAUAAUGAUGAUGAUAAAAGAGUUUGUUUCUGUAUGAUCCUAAAAGCCAGAAAGCUAAUUAAGAGAGGAAGCUUUUUAAACAUGAUGAAGCAGAUCAUUCAGAGGUACAUUAUGCGGGAAGCCUACCUCUAGUACGUGCACGCAUGGAUGAAGAAUUGUGCCAUUGAUUGAUCGAAUAAACUUCAAUACAAGUUUUUGUUAUUGCAAGAUACUACUGCUUUAAGGAUUGUAAAGAACAUGAGGCAGCGCGGCGGUUGGCUUCUCUGGACAACAUUGGUGAUACUUGGUCUCCUCUGUCUCUCAGUUGAUGCUGGAAACUACAUCAACGACACAAGAUUGGGACCGCUGAACAGGACAAGUAAUAUCCCCAAAACACAAGAUCGGGACGAUGCGGUGAAGAUAACAUAUCCUCCUAAACAGGUUGUGUUGGAUAAUGGCCUGGUGCAACUCACAUUUUCUAACCCUGGUGGACAAAUUACUGGAAUCAAAUAUCAUGUAAUUGAUAACUUACUCAAAAACAAGACCACACAAACAGCGUACUGGGAUGUGAUGUGGAGGGGUCAGCUUCACGGAUUUGACGGAAAAGAAUUUAAAGUCAUUACGGAGAGGGAAGACCAAGUUGAAGUUUCUUUCAUCAGUACCUACAAUCCUUCCUUCUCUAAUGACUCGAUGAUCCCCUUGACUGUCAACAAAAGGUACAUCAUGCAGCGUGGUCGUUCGGGGUUCUAUGCGUACGUCAUCUUCCAGAGAGAUGAAGGGUGGCCGGAGCUGGCAAUAAAUGACGUUCGACUAACUUUCAAGCUUAACCAAGAUCAAUUUAACUACAUGGCGGUGUCGGAUACUAGAAGAAGGUUCAUGCCAACAGCUGACGACCGAAACCUAGGUCAGCAACUUGCCUAUCCUGAAGCUAAGCUUUUAAACAAUGCAACAAGCAAUCCUCUCUUUCAUGGCGAAGUGGAUGACAAGUACCAGUACUCAAGUGAUGACAAAAAUGGCAAAGUCCAUGGCUGGAUUAGUACCAAGUCAUCUGUGGGAUUUUGGUUGAUCACACCAAGUACUGAGUUUCGUGCUGGUGGACCUCCGAAGCAGGACCUCACCUCCCAUGUCGGGCCGACGACAAUGUGUGUGUUCUCUAGUAGUCAUUACGCUACAGAACAACUUUGUUUGAAAUUCAAACAAGGUGAAGCAUGGAAAAAGGUUUAUGGACCUGUGUAUGUGUAUCUUAAUCUAGCUGGUUCAACCAGGGAUCCCACUACUACACUUUGGCACGACGCUAAGCAACAGAUGCAUGAAGAGGUGAGAAGCUGGCCUUACAAUUUUACUCGAUGCCCAGAUUUUCCUGUUUCGGAGCAACGAGGAUCAGUUUUUGGAAAUUUACAAGUAAAUGAUAGGUACAUUAACAGCACCAGCCUUGUUCCGGCAAGCUCGGCUUAUGUGGGAUUGGCUGCACCUGGAGAAGUGGGAUCAUGGCAAACAGAAAGCAAGGGAUACCAGUUUUGGACUCGAGCGGAUGCAAAAGGCGACUUUGUCAUCAAACAUGUUCGACCUGGGAACUAUAAUUUGUAUGCAUGGGUUCCCGGGAUUCUUGGAGAUUACAAAUAUGAGGUCGAGAUUAGUAUUAAACCAGGAAGUCGAUUCGAGUUGGAUAAGCUUACUUAUUCGCCUCCAAGAAUUGGUCCUACAUUAUGGGAAAUCGGCAUCCCUGAUCGAAGUGCUGCCGAGUUUUACAUACCGGAUCCAUAUCCAACUCUCAUGAACAAACUUGAUAACAAUAAUCACUCGGAUGCCUCGGACAAGUUCAGGCAAUAUGGGAUCUGGGGACGUUAUGGAGAGUUAUACCCUGACCAUGAUCUGGUCUACACUGUUGGUGUUAGCGAUUAUCGUCAUGAUUGGUUUUAUGCUCAUGUGACUAGGAAUACAGGAAACGUCUUGGUCGGAACCACAUGGCAGAUUCAAUUUAAGCUUACUAAUAUGACAGCUCCCGGAGAUUAUAAGCUCCGAUUGGCAUUGGCCUCCGCCAACUAUGCAGAGUUGGAGGUUCGAUUUAACAAAGAAAGCAAGGCACCUCUUUUCUCUACAGGGCGGAUAGGAGAGGACAAUGCUAUAGCAAGACAUGGAAUUCAUGGUUUAUAUUGGUUGUUCGAUGUUAAUGUACCAAGGUCUCAACUGCAUGAAGGAAACAACACACUCUAUCUUACUCAGACAAGAGGCGGAAAUAUGUUCGUAGGAGUCAUGUAUGACUAUAUCAGACUAGAAGGACCUCCAUUGCGAUGAGAAGUUGAAGCUCCAUAAUUGUAGUGUUUUUAUUUCUAUAAAAAUUUAUUAUCAAUAUAAAUUUUGGAUAUCCA